UUGGUCAACCACAACAUCAGAACCGUCCGCCAACUGGCCGAACUCGAGUUCUUCCACAUCGAGAGCAUCAUGUCCCGCAACCCGCCUUUCGGUCAGAAGAUCGUCCGGAACUUGAAGCACUUCCCUCGCCUCAUUCUCGCCCUCGACAUUCCCAAGCGAGAAGGAGCUCGAAGUCUCGUCGUCCGAGCUAUGCUGGGCUGUACGAAUCUGGAAGUUCCUGCCUGGAAAGAGUCGGUGCCUUGGGUCACCUUGGCUGCCGAGACCACUGAUGGCCGUUUGGUGUUCUUCUGGAGAGGACGUGCUGGUAGUAUGAUGUCGGGCAAGGAGCUGGUGUUCCCCGUGGAGGCAGUCCCCGGCCAGACGGUAUUUGUGUGGGCAGCCUGCGAAGAGAUCGCUGGGACAGUGGUGACGAAGGAGGUGUCGGUCUGA